AUGGAUACUAACGAAUAGUAACCAAAUUUGAGUGACUACGAAAUAAAUAUAUUAAUUUUAAUGGCAAACGUGAACUUUUUAAGUAAUUCUAGUGGACAAACUUGCAAUUUACUCUAUGUUUCAAGUUUCAGGUUAAAACAUAGUUGUCAAACCGGGUUCGGGCCGGAACCGAAAACAAAAGGGGCUAGAGACAUGCAUAUUUUGAGCUGGCCGACAACCGGUCAAAGUCGGUCAAGACCGGUCAAAAUCGGGGGUCUGACCGGACUUAUCUAGCUACCGGCUAUCAUGGAUACGAUGACGUUUUGCGAUCUUCUCAUCUAACCCUAAAGAGCCAACUCUGGCUCCCUCCCUUCCGUCGAGCGAGGUAGCAGCCGAGUCGUCGCUCUCGUCUCCACGUCCUUCAGCCGACGUUAAAUCCCGGCCCCAACAUCGGCGCCUCUCCCGUCUCGAUGCCAGCUCCCCGCUUCUCGACACAGCUUGCCGGCCACCGCCUCGACGUCAGCUCCCCGCACCUCGACGCUUCACCCCGGCCGCCGCCUCAAAGCCGCAUCGCACCGCCACCUCGACGCCAACUCCCCCCAAUCGGCCAUUCCGGUCUCCGGUGCUUCAGUUAGUCCGAACCAUGCCGUUUUGACACUCUUCUGAAAUAACCGAGGGUUCGACGAACUAGAAUCCCAGAUUUCAUUCGAACCCUGCAACCUCUUCGUUGUGAGUUGUGACUCCAAUUCUCCAUUGCAAAACCUACCCUACCUUCCUUCGCCGGCGAACGAUCCAAAUCAUCAACAGCAACUCUUCAUUGGAGAUACAAGCUUUCCCCGUUGGUGCAUUUGGGUAAUGCAACUCUUCGCCGGAUUUGACGGUUUCUCAGAUUUUGAUUCUUCUCCUUGCUUCGUUGUCCAUUCAGUAAGUGCUUAGCCGAUUCGGGAGAAGUGGGUGGUCUCUGCGCCAUGGCAUCUCGUUCCUCUUUCCGGCGGCGAUCAGAUGGGCAACUCACCUCUCUCUCCGAAUUCCCUCGUUGAAUGAGGCCUGAGGGCAAACUAUUUCCUCCGCCGAUCGACCCGUCAACGACGAAGAGACAGAAGCAGACCGCAGACGUUGAGAUCGGCGAUUUGCCCAACAACUCCUCUGGGUUCGAAGCUUCUGGUCACCGUACUAAACAGCAGCAAGCUUCUCUAUCUGUCGUUCUGUUCUUCCACCUCACAUAUGAAAUUCCUGUUUUCUCAAUCAUUGGAUUCAGCCGAAGAUUGGUAGUAGGUUCUUGGUCACUGGCAUGUUCUUGGAAAACCCAGGGUCCAAAUGGAUGUAGGCAUUAGCGAUGAGAGCUUGUCUCCUCCAUGUGCCAAGUGGAGGAAGGUGGCAUAUGGAGGAAUGCAACCUGGAUUCGAUGACAAUCACACCGAUGAGUCGUUUCUCGAAGAUAUGGUGAUGAAUGCCAAUGUCGUGAAAAGGGACAUAGCGAAGGUGAUCUUGGACUCUGUUUCCAUCUCUCAGUACCUCUGCAUUGUUUCACUUGUCAUCUUGCUAUGGACCCACAGCCUCCAAUCUACCCUGGACGAGUAUUCCCUGCUGCUUCUCGAUGUCUGUCUUCUGGCUUCAGGCUUCGUCAUUCUGCUACUAACCAGAGAAAUGUCUUCGCUCCGUCUGUUCUUCCACUAUCUCCUCAACAUUGCGUUCUUCACUACGGGAUUAUAUGUGCUGUCGCCUAUAUACAACACCCUGACUAGGUCGAUAAGCUCGGACACGAUCCUGGCAGUGACAGUUUCACUUAUUAUUCUCCAUCUCUUCCUCCAUGACUAUUCAGGAUGUCCCAUAGGGGUUCCAGGAGGAGCCUUAUUCACAGCUCCAAGCUUGACCAGUUGUGUGAGCUUAAAUGCUUCUGUGGUUGCUUCAGUAUUUAUUGCCUCCCGACUUCCGUCAAGGCUUCACGUGUUUGCUGUCAUGCUGUUCUCUAUGCAAGACUUCCUGUUUGCCCCAUUCGUCACUUACUGCAUCAAGAAGUGUUCUUUCACACUUCACCUUGCCUUCUCCUGUGGGUUGAUGGCCUUGACGCUCAGCCUCGUGUAUGCGCUGCACAAGCUGCUGUUUGUAGUGUUGUUGGGUUUGUUGGUGUUUGUCAGCGUCGUUUGUCCUUGCUGGCUGAUAAGAAUCCAGGAGUACAAGUUUGAGAUCAAUGGUCCAUGGGAUGAAGCUAAGCUUUGUUUUGACAUAAGGGAUUAAGAUUUGAGAGUUGGUUGUUUGCUGUAUAGAAACUGUUGUACGUUACUAUUGCGGGCUUUGUGUUCGCUCUUCUAGUUUCAAUUGUUACUU